AUGUACAGACAAAUCCAGGUGAAUCCUGAGUACCGUCAUUCCCAACACAUUCUCUGGAGGGCUUCUCCGGUUGAAGCGUUAAAAGAAUAUACCCUAAAUACGGUAACAUAUGAUGUCAACAGCGCUCCGUUCUUGGCGUUGAGAGUGUUGCACGAUAUUGCUGAUCGUUGCUGUGCACAGUCAACUUCAGUUCAGAAGGCUAUUCGACUCCAAACUUAUAUGGACGAUAUUUGUACAGGAGCAGAUACACUUGAUGAAGCGUAUAAGUUACAGCAGAGCCUCAUAAAGUCGUUAGCAAACUAUGGGUUUGAACUUAAAAAAUGGUCUAGUAACUCAAAGGAACUAUUAAAGAAAAUACCAAAAGAAGAUCGAGCAUCAGGAUCACUUUCGUUCGAUGAUGAAAGGUCGAUAGUCCAGGUCCUUGGAUUAAAUUGGGAAUCAGAAGAAGAUACGUUUAGAUAUGAUUUCAGCUCAAUUAAGUUUGUUUUCACAAAACGCGGUGUCCUUUCAGUAAUUACUAGGAUUUUCGAUCCCUUGGGCUUCCUGUCACCGGUGGUGUUAUUUGCCAAACAUUUAAUGCAGUCGGUUUGGACAUCAGAGAUCGCUUGUGAUGACAAGUUACCGACUGACAUCGCAGAUGAAUGGUCCCAGUUUGUGACGGAGCUGCCGUCGUUGUCCUUGAUCCAAAUCCCUCGGUUUGUUGGAACGCAGAGUGGAUCCACUUAUACGCUGUGUGGAUUUUGCGAUGCUUCGGUUCGUGGAUAUGCAGCUCUCGUCUAUCUACGCAUUGUUCUUCCCAAUAAUCAGACUCAUUCUCUCAUUCGGACCCUGGGUGGCAAGACUAAACUAGCACCACUUCACUCCAUGACGGUUCCAAGAUUAGAACUGUGCGGUGCGGGACUUUUGGCACGCUGGUUAGCACGGAUUCAGGAAACGUUAUCGGCUCAGUUAAAGAUUUCCAAUGUAUAUGCGUGGACAGAUUCGUCCAUUGUUCUUUCGUGGCUUACCACCCCUCACGUCUCGUACAAGAUCUUUGUAUCCAACAGAAUUAGCAAAAUUAAUCAGUUAUUACCAGACUGUAAGUGGUUGCAUGUGUCGUCCGAGGAAAACCCAGCAGACUGCGCAUCUCGCGGUUUAAAACCAUCAGAGUUGGGUCGUCAUGUAUUAUAUUGGAAUGGACCUAGUUUCUUGUUGUACUCCCCAGAUAAGUGGACAUCAGAGAUACCACGGUUUCCUGUGGAAGAAAUUCCAGAAGUCAAGUCAGCGUCACUAUUGAUCAGUUCCGAUCAAAACAAUUCAGAAUGGUUUGAUAGAUUUUCCUCCUAUCAACACAUGCUACGGGUGCUGGCCUGGGUAAGGCGUUUUGUGUCGAGAUGCAGAGGACAGCUCUCACGGUCUGAUACGUUGUCGCGAUGUAAGUUGGAUGAGGCUCUAACUGUGGUGAUCAAAUGUUCUCAGGGUAUUUAUUUUCGUUCUCUAUUGCAGGAACUAGCUCGAAAUUCUAGAGUUUCCAGCAAGCAGUUGGCACGGUUGUCACCGUUUAUAGACUCUAAGGGUAUAGUUCGAGUAGGAGGUCGUUUAGGUAAUUCCCAACUGACAGAUCGUCAGAAGCAUCCGGUGUUAUUAGCUAAAGCUUCACGCUUGUCGGAAUUGAUCGUUCACCAUUGGAAUAUUUUCUCGUGUCAUUCUGGCACGCGUUUGAUGAUUUCUCUCAUUUCGAAACAAUUCUGGAUUCUAUCGGUUAGAAGGGUGAUAGGAAUCGAGAUCAAGAACUGUGUGACUUGUGUUCGGUUAUCAGCCGUAAACCCACAGCCAAUCAUGGCGGACCUACCACCGUCUCGUGUUGUGCAGUGUCGUCCCUUUCCAAAAGUUGGUAUUGACUUUGCUGGCCCUCUUCGAAUGAAAGAGCUCAAACUUCGAAAGGCUAGGGAGUAUAAAGUUUAUAUCUCUGUUUUCGUGUGCAUGACGGUGAAGGCUGUUCACCUUGAAAUAGUAGCAGAUCUCUCUACUCCCGCCUUCUUGGCUGCGUUUGAUAGAUUCAUCGCUCGGCGUGGCUUACCGACGGAUAUUUAUUCAGACUGUGGUAAAAAUUUUGUAGGUGCGUCAAGGCAGCUCCGCCAAUUCUUUUUAGAUUCGACAGUUCGGUCCCAAGUUAGUUCACACCUCCCAUGCAGCUGGCAUUUCAAUUCUCCUAGUGCUCCGCACUUUGGGGGUCUUUGGGAAGCAGCAGUGAAAUCAAUGAAGAAAUUGUUGGUGCGGACAGUAGGAGUCCAUACUUUAACCUUCGAGGAAUUUGCAAUUGUUGUUUGUCGUAUUGAAUCUGUUUUAAACUCCAGACCAUUGACACCGUUGUCCUCUGAACCCGGAGAUUUAGAAAGUCUGACACCUGGUCAUUUUCUGACGGGUCAGCCGCUCUUGUGCGUUCCGGAGCCAGACGUGUCGGUUGCUCCCCGUCGCUUGGUCUCGAGGUGGAAGCUUCUUCACCAAUGCCACCAAUAA